AUUUCUUUUGUGGUUUUUAAGUGUGAAAGGAAAUGGAGAAGAAGAAAAUAGAAGAAGAAAAAAAAUAGAAAUAAGAUGGAGAAAACACUGGGGGCUGUUGAGGGUUACUUUGUCGAGCAUAAAUUAUCAUGUUGGUUCAAAAAAGCUACUGAGAGAGAGACAAAUGUAAACAGUGCACUUUUACCUAAUUCCAUCCACAUCACAACGAUCACAGCAUUUUGGAUGUUGCGCGAGAAAUUGGGAAUUCGUUUUUGGAUCCUGGAUUCAAAUUAACUUGUUGCCAUUUUGAAUCAGGACAAA